UCAGGGAAGAUCACACUACCUACUGUAGGUCGACCCCUGAGCCUCUGUGUGUCUCCUCUUCAAGGAUACAGGUCGCACACCAGGGAUACCAUCACAGUACUCCUGCCAACCUUGCCAAAGCCACAAUGUCACAAUUCUGUACAAUGCCAACUGGAGAGAGGAAGAAGCAUGCAGCAGCUAUUUGCCAAGAGGUCCAUGGUACCAAUGGGGCCGUCAUGGAUCUGGGAAAGAAGCUCAGCACUCCGAAAGACAUAAUGUUGGAAGAGUUAUCAUUGCUAUCCAACAGGGGGUCCAGGCUUUUCAAAAUGCGCCAGAGAAGAUCAGAAAAAUAUACAUUUGAAAGUAUCCAGAACGAGGCAAACGCACAGCUAAAUAGCGACAUUUUAACUGCAAAUGCACAAACAGUGGAAAUAACAGUGGAUGCUCCAGCUGAUGGGAAUACUGCUAUUGCAGAAAACACUGAAAACACCGCCUCAGACACUGCUGCAGACAAGACAAACGCCACAGCCAUGUCCAAAUCCUAUCACUCCCCAUGGGAGCAGGCCAUACUCAAAGACCCUGACCUCGCUGAAACUCUUAAACUGGGAAUGCCAACACCAGACCCUAGGGAAGACCUGCCUCAGUACAAAUGCUUUAACAGGGUAGCCACUCCUUAUGGUGGCUUCGACAAAGCUCCCAGGGGAAUCACAUUUAAGCUCCCUGAGGUGGACCUGAACCCUCCCAGUUACCCUGAGCUGCAGGAUCCAGGGAUGAAGCGCCCCACCUUCAACAGGACGGCCCAGGGUUGGAUAUCUGAGGGCACCCACCUGAUCCUGCCCACCAUCACCCUUGAGCCCAUUCAAGUGCCAGAGUCUGAUGACCUGUAGAUGGUCUUACUGUGUGUAACCAUGGAAACCCAAUAUCAACUCUUGUUUGUUGGCACCAUGUACGGCAAAAAACAAGUCACGAGAUCCCAUUUUCCCUUAUACUAUGGACAGAAGAUGUUUCAGGCAUUUAUUGACUAGUGUUUAGUCUAAAUUUAAACUGUAUUUAAAAAUCAUGUAAAUAGCAAAUGGAAUGGUCUAUACAUCAUUUAAAAAAAACUAAUUUUGUUCAUUGGUAGUUAAAGCAAACCUGUAAAUUUUACUGAUGCUUAAAUAAAUUGGUGAAUAUAUUAUGAUAAUGUAAAUCAAGAAUGAUACUUAUUUAUGGGUGUGUGCAUAUUAAUUCUAAAAUGCUGAACAUACAAAUAAAAAUACGUUUAGCCUUUAAUUAAGUUAAAUGAAAAGUCAGCAUUGAAAUAACCCCAAAAUGUUUGACCUGUUUAGAGAGAUUUAUAUACAAUGCAGUGAGGACUUGUUCUUUCAAAUCCCAAUUUCCAAAUCCCUCAGGGGUAUUUUUGUUGGCUAAUGAAAGGAAUUAAAUACUAUUGCUAUGCAACUAAGAAAUACUUCAUCAACCUGAGGUCAUAGAAAUCUGGGAAAAGAAUAAUAAAUAUAGACUUAUUACUUCACUACAGAUAAAUACAAAAAGAUUUCUGUACAAAGACAGUGCUCUUUAUUGUUUGUAGUAACAAAUGCAUUUAAAACUAACCACAUCACAAUAAAAAGUAGCAUUACUGGAAAAUUAAGGGGAAACAUUUAAGUUGCUUGAUUGGUUUCACUCAAACUUUGAUUGGAGUCGUUUGCAUCUAAAAGAGUUUAGGGUAGCAUUGCAGUACUCGAGCACGGUCUUGGCCUCAAGAACACAUUUCGAAAAGUCUUGGUCUUGUCUCCAACUGGCAGGACUUGGAAUCAUCCAUCAGGACCGGUCAAGACCACCACUGAUGUGCUAUUCUUUACAUCACAUCAUUAAUGUGAUAUUAAAGAGAGGCCCUUGCUAAAACAACAAAUUACUUCAAUUCAUGUGAAAUCCCCCCAUCGACAACUGACGAUUUUGUUCAGGCAUAUGAUGACAUUUUCAGUUGAUCUGUUCCUGAUUAAUAAAUGUCUUAAAUCUGUACUUUAAUUUGACUUAAAACAGCUGCCUUUAGGUCACGGAUUGUUAUGCCUCCUUGGAAAUAGAUUCAAGUGCCUAACUCAGAUCCAAACAAACUAGUCAAUCUUAUUUCUAGUCAGAAAUACAUUUUAACACUUAUUUUAGGCCUGAUUCAACUGACAAAUCUAGAUAAACUUCUUAUUUUCAGAUACUUAAAACAAUGUCAGACCUGUCAGUGGCUUUUUAAUACAUAUAAGGUGGUGCUUUGAAACAAGGGUUUCACUAAAAUUAAAGAGAGAGCACUCUUUUACUGUUAAAUCUUAUGAAGAUUUUUGUUGUUGAAUUUUAUGUUUUUUUGUCUUGUCUUGGUCUCAGCUUGUCUGGGUCUUGAUCCACAAAAGUCUUGGUCUUGUCUUGGUCUUGGUGCACUCUGGUCUCGAGCAUGUCUUGGUCUCAGAUUGUGUGGUCUUGACUACAACACUAGUUUAGGAGCAUCGCCCUAAUGGACAGUUAUAAAUGAUGUAUAUCUUAGUUCCUUACAUACUACGACUACUACUACUACA